AUGUCUGCUGUAUCCUUCUUGGCUGAGCAUAAUCAAUGUCCUGAGCAGCGUGUCGGGCUUCAGCCAUUGGACUACUCCGUACGGGGGACGCGGCAUCUCACCCUGGCCAACUUUACCAGACAUUUUACCAGCAGCACUGGCAUGGAAAAAAACAUGGAAACCACCAGACAAGAUUGCAACCGGCUACUCCGUCGACCUUGGAAAGACCAGACAACCAGACGCAACGUGAAGUCGCCAGCCCAGCUUGAGGGUGUGGCAGACAUUCUUGACACACAUAACCCCGUUCAAACUUCAUGUUCCAAAACGGGCUCCGGGGCAGGGCAGGCAAGUACUCUGUAG